UGAAGGCAAGUUUGUUAUCUUCAAUUCCCCCGUGUUUGAGGCAUCAGUUUUUCAUUCUGUGAAUUUUUGCUAUUAUUUAAACUAGCCGCAACGAUUUUUUCCUGUUUUUGUAUACUGUUAUCUGUACAUAAUGCAUAUUGCAUAUGCCCUUUCAGCCUGCGAUAAACAAUUUACCAGAACUUGUAAGCAAUCUCUCGACGCGCCAAUACUUAUGUCCUUGAGCGUGCUAUGCUUAUACAUCCCGACAUAUGUACAGACAAGCUGACGGUAUAAUACGGUACACAUACGCAUGGCCAACAACAUGGGCAAGUUGGCAUUAGCCGACGUGUGCGCUUCCGGUCGAGUUCAAAACAUACCGUGCGCACUGUAGGUUCUGUGGGAUUUUUCGGCUAUUUUCGUUCCGAUGGCUGAUGGGCUGCUCGGGCUAAAUAUGGCAAGGCGUGUAAUCUCUGACGUAAUGCGUAUUUUUUAACUCGGUCUAUGGAGCGUGUAAUACAACCUUGCAGCAUCUGUACGGACAUCCAUCUACUCCUUCCCUUCUUGACGAAUCUUUUCUCAAAUUGUUUCCUUUUAUUGCUCGUUGUUCGGAAAAUGAUCCCGGGAAUUAAUUCAUUCCUGCUACGCGGGAUCGGGAAAUGCGUGGCAGAUGGAUUUCCAUCACUGUUUACCGCCAGACACCGCUGUGCUUAUUUUGCAAGUUCUGCGAAUCAGACACUGCAGCCGAAAGAGCAUGAGAAUGCUGACACGUCAUUCCAGAACGUUAUUGUGUGUAGGAAAGGCAGCGAGCAGAAUGUUGGCUACAUCCAGCUAAACCGUCCAAAGCAGCACAAUGCUAUUUCGUACGAGACGUCGAAAGAACUACAUCGUGCUUUGGAAAUUUUUGAAAACGAUGACAACAUCGGCGCGGUAGUGUACACGGGGGGCGAGCGGAUUUUCACCGUUGGCGCUGACAUCACGCAGAUGGAAGGAAUGUCAUUCCUGCGCUUUUUCCGCACCUUUCAGGGCGACUUUAGCGCGUUCUGGGAUAAACUGUACACAUUCCGAAAGCCCAUUAUAGCUGCCGUCAAUGGUUACUGCGUCGGCGGUGGAACCGAAACGAUAAUGAUGUGUGAUAUUGUUUAUGCUGGUGAACGAGCUCAGUUUGGACAGCCUGAAAUUAAUAUUGGAACCCUUCCAGGCGCUGGAGGAACGCAGCGAUUGACCAGAGCUGUUGGCAAAUCGAAAGCCAUGGAAAUGAUCCUGACUGGGCAACGUAUAACGGCCAGCGAAGCCGAAGCAUGGGGUUUGGUGAGCAAGGUGUUUCCCCCGGGGCGUGUCAUCCCGGAAGCUAUCAGUCUAGCUGAAAAAAUUGCGAAAAAGCCGCGAAUCGCUGUCCUUAUGGCAAAAGAAGCCGUUAAAGCUUCUGAGGAAACUUCGCUCAAGCAAGGGCUGUUGUUGGAAGGUGUACUGUCUUGUGCCACUCGAGCUACGAAAGACUUUCACGAAGGAAUGACAGCAUUUGUGUCCAAAAGGCCGCCGAAAUUUCAAGACUGAUCCUGAAAAGGUUUAAUUUGUGAUUAACAAGGUUUCAAGAUAAAUCACGACCAUGAAACCUAUGUAACAGGAGAUCUACUAUUUGGGAAUUACCGAUGUUGAGAUGAAUGUUCUUUUACUUGUUUUACAUCUUUAGCAAACAUAUGUGAAAUGCUGGUGAUAGCAAAAAUCGAUUUCAACCAAAUAGCACAGGUUGACCUUAAAUGUAACAAAUAUACGACAGUAUUUUUACACAAUGUUUUGUAGUUUGCAAUGAGCAUGCAGUGAAGAUCGGAGUCAGAUCCCAUCCACUGCGUGGAAAGUACAGCGUCACUAGGGAAUGCGGAAAAUCCCUGGAAGGGAGC